ACUAAUAAAUACUGCUUAACAAGUAAAAAUGUUGCAACCAAUAAUGCAUGUUUUGAAACAAAAAAAUAUCAUAUUAGCCAGCGGAUCACCUAGACGCAAAGAACUUAUCGAAAAUAUUGGUCUCAAAGUGGGUCUGUGUCCAUCAUUAUUUGAAGAGAAUCUGGAUCCAAAAGCAUUUAAAAGUUUUGGUGAAUUUGUUGAAGAAACAGCAUUACAAAAGGUUUUAGAAGUUGAGACAAGAUUAACAGCAGAAGGAAACAAACCCGACGUAGUUAUAGGGGCUGACACAAUGGUAACUUUAGGUGCAGAGAUGUUUGGUAAACCUACUUCAGAGGCAGAAGCUUUUGAGAUGUUAACUCGUCUCUCAGGCAGAGGCCACACUGUGUAUACUGGAGUUGUUAUUAAGGCGUCAGACAAAAUUGUAAAGUUCACAGAGAGAACUGAUGUUUUCUUUGGUAAUAUGGAUGAACAGCAAAUCAGAGGAUACAUAGCAACUGGAGAACCUAUGGACAAGGCAGGAGGCUAUGGUAUCCAAGGAGUUGGAGGUACAUUUGUGGAGCGUGUGGAAGGUGAUUACUUCACUGUGGUUGGUCUACCACUUUAUAGGCUAUGCUCAGUUCUCUAUGACAUGUUUAAACAUCAACUAUGAUGUUAAAUUGUAAUAUUAGCACAAUUUGGUAGUGAAGUCAUGUAGAUUUUGUUGAAAAUAAAUAUAUAUACAUAUAGAUGAUCAAGACAAAUAGUAAUAAAAUAGUACUAAGUGAAAUUAAGUUAAAA